UCCAAUACUCACCAUGGUAGCAACCGGCCAGUCUGCCAAGCGACGGUGAUGAGCAGUUGCUCUGACGAAUUAAGAGCGGAGGAAUUGGUUUAUUCCAAUCGGGGUGAGGGAGAAGACGGAAUUUUUUGUUGCUGGGCCACUUGGAACGCUAAGUGCGCGCUAAAUAUUGCAUGCUACUGUUGGCAAUGGCGGGACGGAUAGAGGGAUAUUGAGUUGUUGUGUAAGCCUUCUGGGUGCCCGCGUUGUGGGAUGGUUAGUACCGCCCCUCUGCUUUGUCCUGUUGGUUGGGAUUCCCACCGGUCACCUGGUGCUGUGUGUCGGUACGGACACCCGCCCACCUUGAAUUAGAUGUUUAUUCAGCCAGGCUGAUCAUAGAGGCGCAGGAGUUUGAGGUGUGCAAUCACACAAAACAGAUAGGAAUCCUGCCUGCGCUUGGAGAUCAUGGCAAUUCCAGAGCAAGGCAGUAAAUCGGGAUUCGUCAUCCUGAUAGCUCACAUCAAUAUGGCUCUAUAUUCCACUUGCUUCUGGAUCCAGACUGGGGUCGUGCCUAUGUUGCCAGACCUACUGAGUUUGCCCGGCAAUUUCGUUGCUUCCUUCAGUGCUCCUUUUGGUUCUUUUGCCGAUUGCCAUGCUCUCUUUGAGAAUUUCGCUGUCAUUUCUGAGACUUAUUUUAUUUAUUUGUCGAAGAGGCUGGGGAUGGAUACAAUCUUGUUUGGUUACCUGCAGACAACGUUUGCUGUUAUCCAGCUCCUGGGAGGACCCUUGUUUGGCAGGUUUGGUGAUUUAUUUGGGGGGCGUGCUGCCCUAUCACUGGCGUACCUCUGCUCAGGGUUUGCCUACCUGCUGUUGGGUCUUUCGACGAGUGUGCCACUGCUUUUCCUUUCCAGAGUGCCCACAGUCUUCAUGCAUGGGAUGCAAGCUGCUCAGAUGAUUGCAACUGAUCUGUCUUCAGAGUCAGAACGGGCAGGUGCCCUGGGGAAGCUUGGUCUCUCAUAUGGCGUGGGGAUGAUCAUUGGCUCUACAGCUGGUGGUUUGCUGAUAUCUAAUUAUGGGGAGCCAUUCGCAGCCUAUACUGCAGCAGCUGGAUCUGUCCUUAACACCAUGGUAGUAAUGAAAUACAUCCCAGCUGAUACCAAAUCUGUAAUCUUGGCAAAGGAGAACAAACCAGAAAUUGCUCGCAGUAAUAGGAUCUUCAGUGUGAAAGAAAUCUUAAGACUAUUAAGUAUUCCAGGAGCUGCAGGUGUCCUUGUACUUAAAGCCAUCACUGGAUUGCCAAUGGGAGUCUUCCAGAGUAUGUUUUCAGUUGUUGCUAUGGACCAUUUCAAAUUACGGGCAGAGCACAAUGGCUACCUCUUGGCUUAUAUUGGUGUGUUGCAAAUGGUUAUGCAGGGUCUAGUGGUUGGAUGGCUGACUCAGCGAAUUGUAGAAAAAACCCUGCUUCUCUGGUCCAUUCUGCUGAUUUGUCUGGUGGGUUUGGCUAUGGCACUGAUGACAAACAUCUUCCAAUUUUGCCUCACUUGCAUCCCGAUGUCUCUGGGAAUUUCUGCUUUCUACCUCACCACGAAUAGUAUCUUAACCAAAAUAGUUCCUCCCACAGACACUGGUGCAAUGUUGGGGUUGAAUAUGUGUGUUCACUCUCUCAUUCGCUCAGUAUCUCCCGCUAUUGGAGGCUUCCUGUUUGAAUCAUAUGGAUUUUCCUCCUUCGGAUAUAUGCAGUUCCUGGUUAAUUUGUUUGUCUUCUUCUGCAUCUUGAUACACAGAGCCAAUUAAAAAUGUCAGAGUGGCAAUCAACAGGGGAAACACUUUAGCAACUAAAUUGACUUCCAGAAAUGGUCAGGGUUCAGAUGAAGUCUAUCAUUAGAUUAGAAGGCAUGCAGUAACAACUUAAUUUGUGAAUAAUUUUGUCAUCUAGCACAUCAGUAGUUCUGCACCACAGCAAGUAUGCAAUGAGAUGGCAACGUGGUAGCUUAAAAUACUGUACUGCCAGUGACUUGAUCCAACCUGAAUAUUUUCUUGAUAUCAAGUGGAACAAAUGGGUAGAUAAAAAACAAAUUUUGGUGAUUGUGAAAUCUAGAUCUGAAAGGCAUAUCCAGAUCUUUUAGGAAUGAAUUUCAGAAACACUUUCUCACACACGUUUGCCACAAAUAAAGAAUUUAUGCUACAUUAGUUUUACUUUAAAUCUGAGAUGGACAGAGUUUUGUUAAACAAAGAUAUUAAGGAAAUGUGACAUAAAAACAGUGAAUUAGAUUACAGAUUCGCCAUAAUCUUAUUGAAUGCCAGAACAAGAUAUCUAUAUCGUUUAUUCCUGUAAUAUGUUCCUGUAGUACAUUUUGAGAAGAUCUCAAAUUGGAAAAUUACACAUUGUAAGUGAGAAAGACUAACAAAAUGCCAUGGCAAGUCAUUUUUCAGGCCUUCCUGCUAUCAGACCAUUUGCCCAAGGUUGACCCAUCCAUCUAAAGCCAAAAUGAGCCACUCUAGUGGCCAAUUAAGAGCCUCUUCACUUCUUUGCUGUCACCUUGCCCACUGUGUAGGAAUAUCUCCACACCAACUGGCAGCCUCCUAAUGGCCCGUGGUUAGUGGGCCCUCUUUUUCAGACCCUCUUUUCCCAAUGAGGGGCUCCCAGAUUGCAGUGGCUACCCCCACAACAUCAACACCACCUUCUCUUACUGACCCCACUUCCUAACACAAAAAAUAUUGCUUGAGGCCUGUCUUACUGAUCCGUAGACCCCACUUAUCUGCUGCAUGAAUGCAUAAUCAUUUCUGUGUUCUCUUUCCUCAAGUUGCCACCCCAGAGAGUCCACACUCUUCAGCUCAAUGCUGAGCUUCUGACUCUCUGAUAGAGUCAUAAAUAUAAUGUGACCCUGGGUCCCACCACCCUCUAAAAUUCUGUAAUUUUGGCCUCAGCAGUGGGAACUCUGUUGAGUUGGGAAAUUCCUGACCAUAAAGUUUGUUUUUGCUAAUUAUAGAUAUCUGUGGAAUCCAAGAAUGUCAGUAUGCAGCUGGUGGUUGCUUGAAAUCCAGAAUGAUAAAAAUACUGAAUAUAGCACAGAACAGGACAGAGCCAACAUGAUUAUUAUAAUUGGAAUAAAUGCUGAUCAUUCAGAGGCAGACGCAAUUUAAGUGCAUCAGAGAUAAUGGGAACUGCAGAUGCUGGAGAAUCCGAGAUAACAAAAUGUGGAACUGGAUGAACACAGCAGGCCAAGCAGCAUCUUAGGAGCACAAAAACUGACGUUUCGGGCCUAGACCCUUCAUCAGAAAAACUGCUGUUGUGCAGCAUUUCGGUCAUAGAGUACGAAUGGGGACAGUGACGUUACGGUUUAGCUACUGAGUUAACAGCCCUGAGAUAAUAGAUUUUCACCAUGGCAUGAAUUCAGUAUAUUUCUCUGAUGGGACCUGUUCAAAAAUGACCACAAGGGUUGAAUUAAAAACAAAUAUUGGAAAGACUGAACAGCUAAGAUGGCAUCAGUGCAAAAUGGAAAAGGUUAUGCUUACAUUUCAAGUCUUUAUCAGAAUUGCUGAGAGCUGAAAUUUUGUAAUAAAAAACAGUGAGUUCUCUACCCAGUCUGAUACUAAUUUUAGUGCCUGGUACCUGACCACAAGACAAAGACUGAGCCAGCACUGCCUGUGUUACAAGAUCAAUUUCUAAAAGUUACAUUGAAAGUUAAAAUGGGAGCAGAUCCCCAAGUUAAAUUCAUGCUUCAUAAACAGUAAUUGUUCAGGCUUUCUGUUCCUACAGAUGAAGGGGGACCACACUGCAACUGACAAUUUAAUUACAAUGCUAUAAUGCUUUUUGUAUGUGUUUGACCAGGCUUUUAAUCUAAAGUUGUAAGACAUAAUAGUAUCACAUCACUACUAGUUGAUGCUCUAAGAAACUAUGUCAUGAUGUGUUAAAGGUACUAGCUGCUACAUUUACGUAACAGCUGCUGGUGCACAAUAUCAGUACUAGUAAUGACUCCUGCAAUGAAAAAUGCCAAAUGCCAAAUGACUACUUAUGCCUGGUGUAGUCAGACUUAAGUUCCAGUAUUUCAAAUACAGAGUCUUCAGUUUAGGAUUGCUAGUUGUUCAGGAUUACCCUGGAGUCUCCAGGAAUUAUGGAUUAAUCACCAGGACCCUGCUGAAAAAUCAUUAGGUGCUCAGAUAGUUCUACAUCCUAUCGCCUCAUUUAUCAUACAAUAUACUGAAUAUGGAUCUAUACAGCUUUUUGAUUAAUCAGUAAUCAUCUUAUCAGGUAUCCAAGAUUCUGUUCACUUUCCAGUUGGUGAGUGAAGCUGAGAUGACCAGUGGUUUUAGAUUUUGUGAUUAAAUCUCCAGGAAUACAUCCAAUCACAGGUGGUAGUCUUGCUUGAACUGCCUCAGCCCAACUCUCUGAAACAUCCUUCUGAGUCAUCUUAUCUCUUGACCUUUGAAAACUGCCUCAAAAUUCACUUCUCCAAUAAAGUUCUGUCACCCUUAAACUGUUCUUCAUGCUUUGGCUGCCUGUUCUCUUAUUUAGAUAAUUUUGCCACCUUUUGACAUAAUAGCAGUCAUCACAUGGAGGGUACGUGAUGCAAUGAAGGCAAGAAUUGUGUAAGUUCAGUAAACACUGUUGGGCAUGCUUCCACAAGACCUGUUGAAUGUUUGAGGUGUGCGGGUUAUAAUGUAUUGGGCCAGUGCAGUGACUGAGAAGAUGUGACAUGCAUAGCAACUUAGAUACACCAAAUUUUUUAAAUCACUCAUUACUACACAGUUUAACCUGAUCUCAAUAGGUGAAAAUGCUGUUGGCUUUCUCCGUUUGGACCUCCGGCCAGAGCUAGUUUAACAAUUCAGCCAUGCUAGAGAUAUCUGUCAUAAAGAGAACUUCCUGGAUGUGAGUUUGCUCGCUAAGCUGGAAGAGCUUCCAGCUUCCAGCUUCCAGCACAGCGAGCAAAGUCACAUCCAGAACCUCAACCUGAGCUACAAAUCUUCUCAAAACUCACUAGAGAACUUUCUAUUUUGCUGAGGCAAUUAUGUUGAUUUUUCAUUUGAAGCCAGAACAUUUGUUUUUCUUAAUGCAACAAUACUGUAACACUUAGCAUGGCGUACUAUGGAAUGCCCUAUAUCUCUUGGUUUGGGUCAAGGGGACAGGAGACAAACAUCUAUGAACUGAGGUGGAUUCAUAACUCUUCCCCCUUGUACCUCAUGCACAUCUCUGCCUGAAUACCCAAGCAGGUCAGGUCGGAGGAGAUCAAUUUUGGAAGCUAUGAUCUCUAAUAAAGCAAAAGCCAGAUCUUCACACCAGAUUCAGGAAAAAAAACACUGAUUUGGGCUAACAAGGUGGCCACUCAACACCCUCUAUCUUCUUGAUAUUCCCAACAACAGCUGGAGUUCUGAGGUAAAUUUUGCAUCCAUCAAAACAAAUAUACAGGUCCUUGUUUACCAAGAGAAGCUUCUACAUUGUUUUCCCCAUGAAAAACAGUCAGUAGUGACAGAACGCUCUGCACAUUUAUCAGGCAGCAAGUUUCCUCACAGGGUACAGCAUGAUUAAUUGGCAUAUCUGGCCAGAUGAACACACCCCUCUCAAUUGUACAUGCUUCAUGAACAAAAAGUGUACUGGUUCCUUUAAUUAUUGUAUAAGUGCAUGUCAUGGGACUUUUAUUUUGUCAAUUGCAUUUCAAAAACGGUUGGUAAAAUCUAAGAUCAAUAAAUGGGCCGUUCUUCAGGGAACAAUAUUGUCCCCUCCAAAAAUAGAAACAAAAAUAGAAAUUUCUGGAAAAGUUCAGCAGGUCUGACAUCAGCUGUGGAGAGAAAUCAGAGUUAACAUUUCAGGUCAAGUGGCCCUCAGAACUCCUCUUCAACCUUUGUUUAUGCCCCCUCAGACUGCCAGGAUAGAGCUGAAAACUGUUGGAAAAGUGGGUAGGCCAUCACCAAGGAUAUUCUAGAGCCAUCUCUACAUUUAGGGGUACCAGCAAAAGUCUCCAAUACCACUGUGGUUUGUUGCCAUUGAACAUCUUUGUCCAAUGCAAUAUUACCAUGGAGCAGUUGAAAGAAAAACCCCAACCUCUUCCAGUGGCAGAAGAAGAUGUUGACCCAAAAAGCUGAGAAGAUGCAUGCAAAACCUGAAUUUCUAAAUGGCAUAACUUGCCAUUUACGUAUCUGUUCAAAAUUAAAUGAAAUACACAAAAAUUGUUGUUAUGUGAAAGAUGUGUUUGGCUCCAAUAGAACAGUUCGGGAGAAGGGAAUUGAAUAAGGGAGGAGUUGAGUAGCUGGAGAUAUGACUGGUGGAAGUGAACUAGGAUUGAUCAUUCAGAAGACCAGCAAUGGCCUCUUGUACUGCAAUGUUAUGUGAUUCUAGGAUGUCAUAGGGAGAAUAGAAAGCAGAGAUGGGGGAGUGGUAAGAGAAAAUGUGUUGGAUGGUGGCAUGAUGUUUUAGCUGACAGAUGAUCCAAAGAAUGUGUUGGCUGCUUGGAGGAAUGUGAGGAGAAAGGAGGCCCUAGACACUUGAGAGGGAAGUGAAUGCAGGAUGUAAGAAAGAUAUGGUUGAGAAGGAUCCUUUUAAUCUCUGUAGUGGAAAUCAUGCUAUGGGCUAAAAGGAACAAUAUUUCAAAAGCUUUGGUGUUUUCAGAGGAGAUGCGAGAGACAAAGAAUGGAAUUUGCACUGGAUGUAAGUCAUGAUCCAGGUGACACCUGUUUAUUCAUUAUGGUUACAUAUGGUUGCACACUACAUUGAGGGUGUAAACCUCAGGAGCUUUGAAAUUGCUACAUGAUAUCAUGGGGGUCUUCAACUUUCCAAAUAUUGACUGGGAACACUAUAGCUCGAGUACUAUAGAUGGGUCAGUUUUUGUCCAGAGUGUGCAGGAGGGCUUCCUGACACAGUAUGUAGAUAGGCCAACAAGGGGCAAAGCCACAUUAGAUUUGGUACUGGGUAAUGAGCCCGGCCAGGUGUUACAUUGGGAAGUAGGUGAGCACUUUGGUGAUAGCGAUCACAAUUCUGUUAUGUUUACUUUAGUGAUGGAAGGGGAUAGGUGUAUACCACUGGGCAAGAGUUAUAGCUGGGGGAAAGGCAAUUA